AUGGUGUGCGAUAGUGUUGUGUACCACCCGACGGUGACGAGACUGGUCCAGUUCCUGGACACCACAGCUGGCAGGGAGAAGCUGCUGCGGUUGCUGCAGUACCUGUGCAGGUUUCUUGCCUCGAGGGGCUCCCUGGGACCAGGGAAGUACUUGGCCAAGACGUUGCAGUUGCAGUUCACGAUGGUGAGGAAACUGUUGCGGUUCGCGAAACCUUUGAACCACUUGCAACUGGCCGCGAAGUUCUACGACGCACGGCUCGACGCGGACUCCGCAGUGCGCGCGUUGCAAGUCGCGAAGAACCUCAUGUUCGCCGUGUACCUCACACUCGACCAGGUCAACUUGCUCCGUAUCCUCAAGAUUGUCCCCACGACACAGCUCACGGGGAACAAAGUGCCCCGGUGGGCCAACUGGUUUUGGUUGCUCGCCCUGGUGAACGGGUUGCUUCUCGAUGUCCGCAACUUACAAGUGUCCCUUGCAAAACUGGCACAACUCAAGGGUGCAGAGACCAGUGAGAAGCAAGCAGAGGCCAAUGGCCAGCCUACAGAGGAAGCUGCUGCCCGCACGUUCCAAGCAGUAGCGAAGCAGAAGUUUGCAGCGACGAGAAGACUUGUCUGGGACGCGGCAGACACGUUCAUCGUCCUCAACAACCUCGGGUAUCUACACAGCAACGACGGCUCCAUCGGGCUCGCAGGUGUCUUUACCUCCUUCCUGGGACUGCAAGACCUGUGGAAGUGA